AACUGUGUUUAGCGACUAAAGUUUGGCGGCAAUGAAGCUAUUGCCAGCAAUCUAUCUGCAAAUUAAAACAUUUUGAGGCAAUUAAAGAAUAGACUUCAAUAAUUACACUUGAACCGGCAAUUAGUAGAUAUAGGUUCCAGACUCUUCCAACGCUCUUUCGCUCCUUUUUUUUUUUUUUUCAUUUCCCUCUUUUUCUUUCGUUUCGCUCCAACAUUCUCGAUCAGAACCCUACCAUUGAUCCCUUGAGACCUUGCCCUCUCUCCCUGAAACUACCACCACCGUCCUCUGAGAUUCGUGUGAAGGUGAAGGUUCUCGUGAAGGUUCUUGUGAAGGUGAAGAUUCUCGUGAUGGAAAUCACGUGAAGUGAAGCUUCUCUUUGGUUCUCUCUCAGCAAAUCUGGAAGGCUAUAGAUGGGAUAGAGCCUACCCGAGCCGAAGUUUUCAUGUUAACUCAUAAGAAACGCAAAGAUGGUAGACCAUUAGACGAGGAGUCUGCAAAAACAGUGGAUAUGAUACAAGAAAAGUUGAACAAUGGAAGGACCUCUAGUGAACAAUCUGAUGGUAGUGUUGCUUGGAAAGGGGAUGUGUAUACCCAAGUGUUUGGACUUGAAAGAAGUGGCUAUGUUCGUGGUUUAGGACUUGGUCCAACUCCUUCUACAUUAUGGGGUACUAAAUCUUUAUCAGGGAAUGCCUCUAUGGGCAAUAUAUCUAAUUACAUGGUCCAAAAUUUAGAGCAAGAGAUGCAGGUGUUGAAGGAAAUGCGUGAUGAAGAAAUUAAGCAGAUGAAGGAGCUAAAGAAAAAGCACGAUGAAGACAUGAACAUGAUGAAAUAUAAUCAAGAAAAGUUGUUGUCAGAAUUAUCUUACAUGAGGCAAGUGAUGUUUAAAUUCAUUCCUAUGGAGUCAUCUAUGCUUCAUAACUUCAGCAGAAGCUCAUUUGGACAAGUCCCCCCUGAUGCUAACAAUGGCCAUGAACAAGCACCCCAAGCACCUUCCAUGUCAUCCUGAUUUCAUAAUGUUGAUAAAAAUAUUAAAAAUCUUCAUGGGCAUACUCUUUGAUUUUGAGAAAUCAAAUUGUGAAAGAUUUCACUGGAACACAGCGUUGAAGAGUUUGUUUAUGAAUAAUAUACUUUUGUAUUAUGUCUAUGUGCUAAAGAUCAAGUUGUUAGACAAAAGAUGAUAGGAUAUAUUAGAUUUGGACAUUGUAACACGUUUUAUGUUUUGAAACUCAAGGACUUGUAAUAGUUGGAUAUACUUGAUAUUUUACUGUGGAUUAAGUGAAAUAUGUGUCAAAUGAAAUUAGGAUGUGUAUUUUCAAUCUCUUA